AUGGACAAGUGCCAAGUCGUAGUCGAGCACAUUCGAAAGCACUCGUUUGGGGUUGGUCUGCCUGGCUCGAGUGACACUCGGGCCUUCUUACGAGUACAGCAAGAUCGACUAGAACGAGCGUUGCAGCGCCUGAGCGCCGAAUUGUACUCGACGUCGACGCAUUUCGUACUGGAGUUGCUCCAGAACGCCGACGACAACGCGUACGCCCCACACGUGGCGCCCUGUGCCGAGUUUGUC